GCCGUGUGAAAAUAGCAGACCAAAAGUUCUUAGUUAACUGCAGCGAGGGAGACUCAGAUUGGAAUGGAGGUAGAAAGAGUUGAUACAGACUGGGUUUAAUUCUGAUCCCUUUUUGGACUGAAUUUAGAACUGCAUUGCAUUGUUCAUGUGAAGAUGAGAGCAGUACCAGCAUCAAAAUAGUGACAGAGUUUUGAUGCCAUAGUCUAUAUGUACUCAGAGUAUUUUUAUUAAAGAAAAUAAAGAGCCUAGCAGAGAUUUUUGUCCUCAUCUGCACCCAACUGCAAAAUCAAAAGUUAAGGAACAGCAUCUGAGGACACUUUGUAGGUGGGAGAGAAUCUAGAGGAUGGCUCUCAAUGAUUGCUGGCUUCAGAGCAUGUCCUGCAACAUCUCUAAUCACAGUAUGGAUCUCCCCAUGAAUGAGGACUGGUUCCACCCAGGGAUCCUCUAUGUCAUCCCUGCAAUUUAUGGGGUCAUCAUUCUGAUAGGCCUCAUUGGCAACAUCACCCUGAUCAAGAUCUUUUGUACCGUGAAGUCCAUGCGAAAUGUGCCAAACCUCUUCAUCUCCAGUCUGGCUUUGGGAGAUCUGCUCCUCCUGGUAACCUGUGCUCCCGUGGAUGCCAGCCGGUACCUGGCUGACAGAUGGCUGUUUGGCAGGAUUGGCUGCAAACUGAUCCCCUUUAUACAGCUCACCUCGGUGGGGGUGUCUGUCUUCACACUCACGGCUCUCUCCGCAGACAGGUACAAAGCCAUUGUCCGGCCAAUGGAUAUCCAGGCCUCUCAUGCCCUGAUGAAGAUCUGCCUCAAAGCCGCAUUGAUCUGGAUCAUCUCCAUGCUUCUGGCCAUUCCAGAAGCUGUGUUUUCUGAUCUACAUCCUUUCCAUGAGGAAAGCACCAAUCAGACCUUCAUCAGCUGUGCCCCAUACCCACACUCUAAUGAGCUGCAUCCCAAAAUCCACUCCAUGGCUUCCUUUCUGAUCUUCUACAUCAUCCCACUGUCGAUUAUUUCUGUCUACUACUACUUCAUUGCCAAAAAUCUGAUCCAGAGUGCUUACAAUUUGCCUGUGGAAGGGAAUAUACAUGUCAAGAAGCAGAUUGAAUCCCGGAAGCGCCUUGCCAAGACAGUGCUAGUGUUUGUGGGCCUCUUUGCCUUCUGCUGGCUCCCCAACCAUGUCAUCUACCUGUACCGCUCCUACCACUACUCCAAGGUGGACACCUCCAUGCUUCACUUUGUCACCAGUAUCUGCGCCCGCCUCCUGGCCUUCACCAACUCCUGUGUCAACCCUUUUGCCCUCUACCUGCUGAGCAAGAGUUUUAGGAAGCAGUUCAACACCCAGCUCCUCUGUUGCCAGCCUGGCCUAUUAACCCGGUCUCACAGCACCGGCAGAAGUACCACCUGCAUGACCUCCCUCAAGAGUACCAACCCCUCUGCAGCCACCUUCAGUCUUAUCAAUGGAAACAUCUGUCAUGAGGGGUAUGUCUAGACUGACCAUUGACCCUGCCCGGCUGGGGCCCCUUGGUUUUGCUCUAUGGCUGGUAAAGAACCCUCACAUCUGUUGUUAUCUCUGUACCCUCUGAAGACCCUUUGUAAGGCUGAGGAGUAAUACAGGCAGGUUGGGGAGAGGCCUAAAUGGAUCUCUGUUAUGUUUGAAAGGCCCAUCAAGGUAUACCUUUUCC